AUGGCACGGUGCACCGCUGGGGUAGACCGCAGCCAAAUGUGCUUCCGCUGCGGUCAACCCGGUCACAAGGCUGGCAUUUGCACUGGCAAGCCAGCCGACCAUCAGACCGGGUCAAUGGCCUGCGCCAGGCCCAAGAAGAAGAACAAUGCCAGUAUCACGGAUAUGACAAAGAAGGCAACCAGCUCCUCGCAGCCGGUUCACCCGCCGGUUGCGGCAGAACAUCCGCCGAGGGCUGGGAGGGAGACAACGGACACGGACAUCAAUCGAUACCGCGCUCUUAGAUUAUUUGAAAGCCAACCGGACAGCGAACCCUCUACAAAAAUUAAGAAACAAAAAAGUAAAUCUUACUCCAGGUAA